AUGUUGUUAACAGAUCCCUGUGACAAAGGUGAGAAGAUGCUACAGACAUGGUAUUUUGUCCUGCUCUGUUGGCUGUCCUUGCGGCUUGAAGCUAAUCCUGGUCUUAAAGUGAGGAUUACUCAGAAGGGGCUGGACUAUGGCAGGAGGAUUGGGAUGGAGCUCGUGAAGCAAGCAGUAUUGAAAGAGACCUUCCCAAGCUGGAGUGGGCAGGAGAGUUUGUCAGUUGUUAAGGUCAACUAUGUAAUUUCCAGGCUUAGAAUUAAUGCUGUAGAUUUCCCAGAAACUUCUGCUUCUUUUAUUCCUGGCACUGGCAUUUGUCUGUCAGUGGCACGGGCUUCUGCUACAAUCAGUGCAGACUGGAGAAUGAACGCAUGGCUGCUUAAAGGCAAAGGAGAAAUUACUGUGUCCAUCUCAGGACUGUUUAUUUCCAUUAUCUUCAAUGUGUCACGGGAUAGCACAGGCCACUUGUCCACGUUGCUACACAAUUGCCAGCUGAGCAUUGGCAGUGUAAAAGUCAAGUUAAGUGGAAGAUCUAGCUGGAUCUACAGCUUUCUAUCUGGUUAUCUUGAGAAGCCCAUUCACACCAAAUUGGAUAAAAAUCUAUGCCUAAAUAUCAAAUACAAAAUCCAAAUGAUGGAUGCACAGCUUAGAAAGCAUAAGGUCUUAAGCCAGAUUGACACCUUUGCACAAGUAGACUAUUCCCUACUUAGCUCUCCAGCAGUCUUCAAAUCACACAUUAACUUGGAUUUGAAGGGCACAGUCUAUCCAGUAGGUAAUCACACAGACCCUCCCUUUAUGCCAGCUCCAUUUGCCCUCCCAAACCAGGGUGACUCCAUGAUAUACCUGGGAGUUUCCAAUUAUUUUCUAAAGUCUGCUUCACUGGCUUACUACAGAGCAGGGGCCUUUAACAUCACCAUCUCUGAAGAGCUUGCUACUACUUUUAGCUUAAAUACCUCCCUACUCAAAUAUUUUGUCUCUGAGAUGUCUCUGAGUCAGGCAGCAGCGUGCCCAGUGCUGCUGAAGCUGAUGGCCACAUUACCUCCUGCAGUCAGUUUAAACGCAGACAGAUGUGUCCUUCAGAUCACUGGCUCUGUAGAAGUGUUUGCUGCUCUGCCAAAUUCAACCACCCAGUACAUCUUUACAGGGAAUCUGACAGCCAGUACAAGAGCCAAUUUGACAAUAACCAAACAGAAGUUGAUUAUCUCAUUACUUCUGAAGAGGUUCCAGUUCUCCCUACUGCACUCGAAUCUUGGCUUCCCUGAGCAGAAGUCAGUGGUGGAGAAUUUUCUGUCAUAUGCUUUACGGAGAGUAGUAAUCCCAGUAAUCAAUGAUAAACUAGGAGAAGGAUUUCCUCUUCUUAACUUGGCCCACACUAGCCUGACUGGACCUGCAAUAAAAAUGAAUCAGGGUCAUCUGGUUAUUUCCACUGAUGUUCACUACCAACCAGAGGACAGGGAAGAUGAGGACCUCCACAGCCACUCCUGAUGUCUUUUUACUUCUAAAGAAUAAUAAGAGAAAAAUGUAGUUUUCCUUCUGUUGGCUUGUAGGGAGUAGAUGCUAUAACAUUAGAAGCAUGGCUUUUCAUCACUAUUUUUAGUGUUUUAGUAAAACUUUUUAAGCACUUUUCACAAAGUGAAUGUGUUGGGUUUUAGUAUAGUGAGUGUAGCUAACUGUUAUUGAUGCUUUGGAAAACUUGUUGCAGCCUGAUCUGAAGCAGCAACUGGUUCUUUUCAGUAGAGUUAUAGACACCACAUUUUAUUAAUUUUAGGAACAAAGUUCUUUCAUUAUUCAAUUUAUCUCCAUUAGCAUUAGCAAAAUUUUGUGUAUGGAGUGAGAUCUUAUUCUUUGUAAGCGUUUCACAAUUUGUCCCUUUGUAACUGGAUACCGAGAGUGGGAAGAAAUUUAUAAAAUCCAGUUAAUUGACAUAUAGAAUCAUAUAAUCUAGUCCAGACACUGGCUCAAAACAGGACUAAUUAUAUGAGGUUAUUGAGCACUGUGUCCAGUCAAGUCUUGAAUGCCUUCAAGGAUGGAGAUUCCACAGUCUCUCCAGGCAAUCUGUUCCACUGUUUAACUCCCCUCAGAAUAAAUUUUUUUUCCUAAUAUCAAAUCAGCAUUUCCCAUGUUCCAGCUUGUUCUGUGGCCUUUUGUACUUUCACCACACACUUCCAAGAUGAGACUGACUCCAUUUUCUCUGUAGUCUCUGAUCAAAACAUUGCAGCAAUAAAAUGGCCUUUCAAGCCCUCUCUUCUACAAGCUGAACAGGCCUAAUCUCUCAGACUCUCCUUGUAGUUCACGUUCUCAAGCCUCCUUGAGAACCUGCACCUGCUGGUGCAGUCCAGAGGACAAGCCUUGCUAGUAAAAGCAGCCUUUUCUGUAUCUUUUGUCACUAGUCCCCCAUCUUACUGAGCAAUAAGCCCAUCUUCUUCUGCUAUAAAUGUACUUAGGGAAACCUUUCCUGUUGCACUUCGGCUUUCCUGACUUUAUUCCUAUAUGUGCAAACAAGAUCUUUGUGUUCCUUCCAAGUAUCUGGUCUCGAUUUCCAUCUUCUGUAUGCUUCCUUUUUGUGUUUGAGCUCACUCAGGAGCUCCAAGUUCAUCCAUCAUGGCUUUCUGCCACAAUUGCUCAACUGUCUGAACAUUGUAAUGGACUAUUCGUAUGCUCUGAGGCGGCUGCCCUUGAAGAUUAGCCAGCUCUUCUGGGCCUCUGCUCUCCAGGGCAAUUUCCCACAGAUCCUGCCAAGCAGGUCCCUGUAAUCUUCUCAUCUGAAGUCUAUGGUUGUAAUUCUGUUCUUUGUCUUGCUGCUUCUCUCAGGAUCUGAAAAUCCACACUUUCAUGCUCACUGCAGCCAAGGCUGUCCUUGGCUUCUAUGUCAUCCAGCAGUUGUUCCUUGUUUGUGAGUCGCUGUACCUCUUUGAGGGUAUCAAUCUCCAAAUAAUUCCAUACUUCUCAUAUUUAUAAAAUGGAGCUGGUAGCUUUAUUUUUUCUUAUGUCAGUGUCAUCAGAGACACUCAACCAGGAGAUACUAAGAGUGUGUGAAAAGAAAAACUAGUCUGCAAAUGUCUCACCACAGUUCCAUCUUGGGACAGAAAUGUGGCUUCCAUAGUUUUAGCUAAAUCAGUUUAUUUAUCUAGCUGGCUGAUACAGUUUUUUAAUAAAAAAAAGCAUCCUGAAACCAAACAGCAGUAAAUCACAGCAUCUGAUUCAUUGUAUUCUGUAGUAGACUCAAAAGAAAUGAAGGUUUUUAAUUAGUUUGGUGUCCUUCACUGAUAUCAGGAAAUUUGUUCUGCUGAUUUGGAGGACAAUUCAUGAGAUACAGGGGAAAAAGAAAACUGAAGCUCUGGUGUCUAUCUAUUUGCUUUUCCAAAGGGACACACUCCCUUCUACCUGCUUCAGGACUGACCAAGUACCAUGGCUCAAUGGACAUUUUCAGGCCAGAGUCAUGGCUUAGCACAACACUGUCUCUUAAGCUCUAGUCCUCUGGCUGUUCACAAAGUGAUGCAGUAAUUUCUCUGAGGACUAAACAGGAUGUCACAUAAACCAAUAGUUCCCCCUGUAUCAUCCUAUACUUACCUACAGGUCACUAUACCAUUUUCAAUCUGGUGGUGUCUCCUGAUUGAUAGAACCAUGGAAAUGAUUCAUGUUCAUCAAUUUGCUGCAGAAUAGAGAGCAUGGAGAAAAGGGAGAAUCGGGGAGCAGGGAAAAGGGACCACUGGAGCACUGAGCCAGAGGCAGGAGCAGGAAACAUGCAAAACCAGUGAUCUGCAGAGAUAUAGCAACAAGUUUGUAAUAUUGCCAUACUGAUAACUUCAUUUGGUUUCUUGUGUAUUGGGUAAAAAGGGUUGAAACCUAUAUCUCCUUUAUCAUACACAUCAAAGAAAAUUCAGAGAAAGCUGAAAUAAAACACUCCUCUUAGAGGCUCUUUGUAACACCUUGAAGGGUGAAAAGUUUGGAUGUAGAAGCUAUUUAUAGUGUAUUUGAAUGUGCUAUCUGAAUGUGUCUGUAAGUAGAUAGUUGCCUUUUAUUCCUAUACUCGUAUAAAGAAAUGACAGAACUGUUCUGGAAGCCUUAGUGUGUUUUUGUCAACUUUUGCUAAAAGUCUUAUCUAAAGUGGGUGGUACUCUAUUAGAAGAAUCAUAACAUGUUAGAAGGAUAUGAUGAGGAUAAGCUGACAUAGUUUUCAGAUAAUUCAGUUGUUUGUACAUCUUGGAGAUCUGUGUGGAUGGAAACAAUGGAACUUUCCCUUGCUUUAUAGGAACAGCAGAACUUGCGCCAAAAGAACUUACAGAGGUUUCUGUAACUGAUGGUGUGAAUGAUAUUCAUCAUCAGUUGCCAGAGAUAUAAAUAAUGAAAUUAUUAUGCAUGUGACUCCCUGCAGUGAAUGUUAAAUCUGUGUAAAUGUGAGUAUCUGUUGACUGACUGACAAGUGCCUCUACCUUUUCUAUUCAUGGAUUGCACAAUGAAGUGACUCAGAUUGUCCAGCAAAGUGCUCCAUGCCAGAGGGAAUUUGCUUGGUACAUGCAAGCUAAUUGAUUAAAUCACCUCCUUGACAAGCCAAGGAGUGCUGGUUAGCUGAAGGACCAGUUACCUGGAUAAGUAAGGACAAGAAAUAGAAAAUAUUGACUACAAGGACUUGAUACUAUAUAUUUGCACCAUAAAUGCACACUAUAGUGUCUGUGUGUAUAUACAUAUG